AUGACAGACCAUUCCGAACCUCCAUCGAAAGUUGAAGAUACAGACCCUGCUGUCGCGGCCGAGCCGCAAGAUACCAAACAGUCCGCCGCCGAGUCGUGUUUCAGCACGGACCUACUAAGAAUCUACUAUCGCCGCCUCUUCCCCUACGCAGACAUGGCUCGCUGGCUCUCGUACUGCAACGACAGGAAACUUCCCGGAACCGACGCGUCGUAUCUCCAGCGUCGCGAGUUUUCGUUCACUCUAGAGCACGACAUCUACGUGCGAUACCAGUCGUUCCGCGACGCCGCGGACAUGGAAGCCGCGAUCCGCGAUAAGAACCCGCAUAAGAUCGACAUAGGAGCCGUCUACAACGUCGACCCGGCGAGACGAGCGGCGUAUCAGGGAAUCGGGUCGGAGAGCGCGUUCGCACCUGUGGAACGGGAGCUUGUGUUCGACAUUGAUAUAAGCGACUACGACGAUGUGCGAACUUGCUGCUCAGGAGCGUCGGUGUGCACAAAAUGCUGGCCGCUUAUGACAGCUGCCAUUAAAGUCGUCGACACUGCCCUUAGAGAGGAUUUUGGUUUCGAGCACAUUUUGUGGGUGUUCAGUGGCAGACGAGGCGUGCAUUGCUGGGUGUGCGACAGGCGAGCAAGGAGGCUAACCAAUGAGCAACGGUCUGCAGUGGCUGAAUAUUUCCGAGUGUAUAAGGGAACUGAAGCCAAUGGAAGCAAGGUGUCGUUCUCGGGUGCAGCUCUCCAUCCCUCCCUCAUGAGGGCAUACGACCAAGUAUUGCGGGGCACAUUCGAGGGCGACGUGCUGCCAAACCAAGAGCUGCUAAGCCAACCAGACACGUGGAAGAGGGUGCUGAAUCAACUGCCAGACCAAGAGCUGCAGGAUCGGAUGGAUGCCACGUGGCGCAGCGACAGCAGGCGUGCGUCAGCAGCUGCUGACGUCAACGUGUACAGGUGGCAGCAGCUGGAAGCCACCACACGGGCCGCGGCUAAGAAGAAUGUAACCCUAAGGAAGGCGGUGGAGGCGAUAGUGUUUGCCUUCACAUACCCUCGCCUUGAUCUGGAGGUCUCAAAGCACAUGAACCAUUUGCUCAAGGCCCCGUUCUGCGUGCACCCAAAGACAGACCCGGCCAACUGUGCUGACUUCGAGCCAAGCCAAGCCCCCACGCUCAAUCAGGUGCUGUUGUGUCCCUCCUGGAUAUCCUUUGAACCUCUCCUGAUAGCCAACGCAACCUUUGAAGCUGACUUCUGUCCCUUCCUCGUAAAUCCCUUGCUCCCUUUCCUCCUCCCUCACCCCUUCCUCUCUGUCCUCCCUCACCCCUUCCUCUCUGUCCUCCCUCACCCCUUCCUCUCUGUCCUCCCUCACCCCUUCCUCUCUGUCCUCCCUCACCCCUUCCUCUCUGUCCUCCCUCACCCCUUCCUCUCUGUCCUCCCUCACCCCUUCCUCUCUGUCCUCCCUCACCCCUUCCUCUCUGUCCUCCCUCACCCCUUCCUCUCUGUCCUUCCUCACCCCUUCCUCUCUGUCCUCCCUCACCCCUUCCUCUCUGUCCUCCCUCACCCCUUCCUCUCUGUCCUCCCUCACCCCUUCCUCUCUGUCCUCCCUCACCCCUUCCUCUCUGUCCUCCCUCACCCCUUCCUCUCUGUCCUCCCUCACCCCUUCCUCUCUGUCCUCCCUCACCCCUUCCUCUCUGUCCUCCCUCACCCCUUCCUCUCUGUCCUCCCUCACCCCUUCCUCUCUGUCCUCCCUCACCCCUUCCUCUCUGUCCUCCCUCACCCCUUCCUCUCUGUCCUCCCUCACCCCUUCCUCUCUGUCCUCCCUCACCCCUUCCUCUCUGUCCUCCCUCACCCCUUCCUCUCUGUCCUCCCUCACCCCUUCCUCUCUGUCCUCCCUCACCCCUUCCUCUCUGUCCUCCCUCACCCCUUCCUCUCUGUCCUCCCUCACCCCUUCCUCUCUGUCCUCCCUCACCCCUUCCUCUCUGUCCUCCCUCACCCCUUCCUCUCUGUCCUCCCUCACCCCUUCCUCUCUGUCCUCCCUCACCCCUUCCUCUCUGUCCUCCCUCACCCCUUCCUCUCUGUCCUCCCUCACCCCUUCCUCUCUGUCCUCCCUCACCCCUUCCUCUCUGUCCUCCCUUCAGCAGCCCAUCGGGAAUCAGAUGGCGCCGCUGCUGCACCCACUGGCAGGCCUCCUUGCCUCAAUUCUCCCUUCUUAUCCUCCACCAUUCUCCCUCGCCCUUCCCUCCCCUCACAGCUGAUGAAUGAGAUCAAUGCAGCCCAUCGGGAAUCAGAUGGCGUCGCUGCUGCGGCCAUGGGUAAGGGCUCCUUGCCUCUUUUCCUCCUCACCUUCCUUACCUCUACCGUUAUUUCUGUCCUUCGUUCCGUGCCUUGUCGAUACUCUGGUGCAUUUGAUGUGCAAUACGUGGGCUUUUGA